AUGGCGAAUAUUGUAAACUAUAUUGGCGUUCUUUUAGGGUCCUAUUCCGGGGAAAUCGAUCAUACCGCUUUCCUUUCCGACAAUAUCGGAUCACUGUUUCUUAACACAGACUUCUCUGAUGUAAUAUUUGUAGUAGAUGGAGAGAAGUUUCCAGCCCAUAAAGUGCUGCUUGCGGCGCGCAGUGAUUACUUCAGAGCUAUGCUCUAUGGAGGUUUGAAGGAAAGCGAUGAAGGUGAAAUAGUGCUUGAGGAGACAAACGUUUUCGCGUUUCGGAUUCUGUUGAGAUACAUCUAUACGGCUAAGUUGACUUUACUCGAAUACAAAGAAGAGCAGGUGAUGGAGAUUCUCGGGCUAGCGCACAAGUACGGAUUUGUGAAACUUCAGAAUGCUAUUGCUGAUUAUCUGAAGGUAAGCUGUGAUCUAAUCAUCUUUUGCGUGUUUUGA